AUGGCGCGCCUCGCGUUCUUCGCGCUGUCUCUGUUCACCUUCCACUUUGCAGUUACCGCCUCGGAGCCCUGCUCCGACGACUCCUGUUUGGCUUCCGAGCCGGCCCGUGGCUCUGAGCUCCUGCAGCGCUCCUCCUCGAAGACGCUGAAGGAGGGAGCUCCCGGUCCCGAAGCCCUGCUGAGCUACGAGGAGCUGGAGGGCCUGGUGGAGCAGUCCUUCGCCCGGGCUCGGGAGCUCGGGAAGCGCAGCAAGCUGGUGAUCGAGAGGAGCUUCAAGUCCUUCGAUUCCUCGCAUUACAAGAGCUUCAAGAAAGAGCUCAGCUGCAUGGCGAACGUGGAGAAGGGCUUCGACCACUUCGUGGCCCGGUCUGCGCUGGAUCAGGAGCUUACGCCGCUGGAGCUUCAGGACUUCCGUGCGCGGGUCAUCGAGGAGAUGGAGAUCCUGUGCAAGCACGAUGCGGCCGACGGGCACGUCAACUACAUGCAAGACUUUAUGCAAGCUUUGGAGGACGAGCGGCCUCUCUUGACUCAAAGGCUGGAGGAGAUCUUGCAAGAACAGUACCAUGAGGUGAGCUUCGAGUUUGCCGAGUGGCUGGCCAACUUCUCCAAUAUCGACCUCCAGCACCGCACCGGCAGCCACCCGCCUCACGAGAACCGGACCCUUCUGCUGGAGACGAGCCGGAGCAUCGUGGAGCGCAUGAAGAAGCGCACUCUGCCCGCCAACUUCGACGCCCGCAACCAUUGGCCCGAGUGCGGCGAGAUCAUCGGCCGGAUCCACAACCAAGGUCAGUGCGGAAGUUGUUGGGCUUUUGGAGCAUUAUCAGCCGUGGACAGCCGCCUCUGCAUCUCCACUAACGGUCUUUUCAGUGGCCCCAGUGCACAGAUCGCCCGUGGCUUCGUGACCUCCUGCACCUACGCAAGCCCCCGCGAUGGCUGUUCAGGAGGUUGGCCCAGUGACGUCUUCAGGUUCUUGGACCAAAGUGGAUCCCCCACCGGUGGCGACGCCGGCUGUUCGCCCUACUUCGGGCACGGUCAGGGUACGGACCACUUCGCCCAGACCUCCACAGCACCCCCGUGCCCGACAGAGUGCACAAACACCGGAUUUUCCAAGACCUUGCACGAGGAUAGCUUCAGUCUGGGCCUCAGCAACUACUACGACCUCGACCUCAUGAGCCACCCUCUGCCUGCCCUGGCCUACCAGCUGAUCCGGGAGGCGAUCUUGGCAGGCGGGCCUGUACCCGCAGCCAUGAUGGCCGAUGGGCCUUUCAUGGCCUACUCCAGUGGGGUCUACACGCAUUCGUGUGACAUGUCCCCGAAUCAUGCGGUGACCGCCAUCGGCUGGGAACCCGACAGCUGGAUCUGCCUGAACUCGUGGGGGCCACACUGGGGCGAGGGCGGAAGCUUCCGCGUGGGCUUGUGCGUGUUGACGCACGUCAGCAUCCCAACGAUGAGCAUGGCUGGCAGCAGCGCUGCCUACGGCUUCCCUUUAGCUGGAAGCACCGAAACCCCAGCACCGGGCUUGAAUCCUGCAGCUCGUUAUCCCAGCGUGGAUGCGGCCAUUGAUGCUAUGACAGCCGUGACCGUCAACAGGGGCUGCAAGUGCUCAGACACCUGCGCCACAAAGUCUUGGGAUCCCGACCCAGUCCCGUGGUGCUUCGUGCAAGACUCCGUCUGUCAGGGCACCAACUGGGGCUACUGCGAGUAUCAGGAUGCUAGCUGCAUCAUGAGCCGGGACUAUGGAGGCAACAACAUGUACCGCAACUUUGAAGAGUGCGAGUUUCACGUGGAGGAUAAAGCAUCGAUGGAGGUACUGGAUUUCAACGUGGAGGGAUAUGACUACGACUACCUCGAAGUGAACAACGAGAAGUUCAGCGGAGACAGCACUCCCCAUGGAAAAGUGCCCGAAGGAAAAAUUGAGUGGUCUUCCGACUACAGCGUGGUCCAUUAUGGUUGGAAGAUUUGCCCAAAGCCGGUGCCAAUACCGGUACCCGACGGUGAGAUGUUCACCACAAAAGAUUGCCUGUGCAAGCAGAAGUGGAGGUACUGGGGCGUUGACAUCGAAAGCUAUUGUGGUAACCCGGACAACGACGCCAAUGGCGACUGGUGCAGGGUGGAGGACAGAGCCUGCCAGGGCACCUGGUGGGGAUACUGCAAGAAGCCGUAG